AACAUGGCUUCUUUCAUUCGUUCUCACAUUAAUACAUUGUAGUUUGGAACUUUCGGUGCGCUUUUCAUCACUUGAAAACCAAGGAAGCUCUCUCUCUCUCUCUCUCUCUCCAAUUAAAAGAGAGGGGAGAGAGCCUUCUAGAGAGAGAUUCAGAGAGCGAGGAGAGAGGUUCUCUUUGUAUAGGCCCGAAUUUCCUUGUCAUUCUAGAGAGAGAGAUGGCAUCUGCAAUGUCGCCGUCCACUUCCUUUCUCCUCCUCGUUUUCUUCCUUCAAUUGAAGCACCUCUGCAAUUCUAUUCUGGUUAAUGGUUUUGAGGUUGCGCCAGCUCCCAGUUUCAAUGGACAUAGUUGGCCAGGAUCAGCUGCAAUUUCUCCCUCCUAUCCUUCUCCUUUCCAUGCCCCUUCCCUUAUUCCAAGCCCUGCAAAAGCUGCAGAUCAAACCAUACGACAUUCAGAACUGGCUCCUACGCCUGAUCCUGAAAGAAACUCACCAUUGCCAGAGCCAACUGAAGGUGCCAAUGAGGAGAAAACAAGUCCAGCGAGGGAGCCAUCUCCAGCCCCUUCUGAGGAUAUCUCUAGACCCGCAGAACAUGAGGUUGAUAAUGCACCACCCGAGGAAACUGAUCCCAAGACUGUAAAAUGGUGUGCAGUUAGGGAUGAAUUCGUUGACUGCCAAUACUACAUAAGUCUCUUAAAACCGGUGGACAACUAUAGCUGGAAAUGUGUUCAGAGGCAAACAACCCAAGAAUGCUUGCAGGCAAUAAAGGCCAGGGAAGCUGACUUGAUAGUUUUGGAUCCUGGUUUGGCAUACAUUGCAUUCCUGAAUUACUCCAUGAAAUCAAUUCUAAACGAAGUUUACUGCAACCAUGCCCAGACAUAUGAUGCAGUGGCUGUUGUGAAUAAGAAGGCUUGUGAACGUAGUGAAACAAUUAGCAUACAGGAUUAUAAAGGCAAGAGAUCAUGCCAUGGAUUAUAUGCAUCAGCAGCUGGAUGGAACUAUCCCAUCCACACUGUCAGAUCGUACCUUCCACACCAAGGAAAUGAUGUGAAAAUUGUAAAAGAUUUCUUUUCUGAAACUUGUGCACCCUCAGAAUUGGAGGGAACAGGUCUAUGCACCGGUUGUGGAAAUCAAAGCUCUUGCCUUGCUGAUAGCCCUUAUUCUGGUGAUUUGGGUGCUUUCCGCUGCCUCAUUGAGGAGGUGGGAGACAUUGCCUUCGUAAAGGCUGAUACCCCGCUGCUUUACUCAAAGGAGGGCCCCUAUAAUCAGUCAUGGUCAACAAAAUCUAUCAAUCAAUUCAUGUAUCUUUGUCCCAAGGGUGGCUGUAGAGCUAUUAAUGGUUACCCCGGAACUUGCAAAUUUGGAAGUGUUCCUGCAAAGACAAUAAUGGCACCUAAUUCUAUUUCAAGCAAGAAGAGAUUGGCCAUUUUGCAGACGUUGCUGAAUGCAACCUGGGCUGAUUCUCUUUAUACAGGGAGAAAUGGUGCCAGCCACCUACUUAGCUCUGGUACACAGAGCUUAGCAGAAGUUAAGCAGCUCACAAGGUCAUAUCUCGGUGUCUCUGCAACUAUUUCUCAGACUUUACAAGAAUUAAAUAUUGAGAAGGUCCAAUCUGCAAAUGCUACAUCAAUUCCAGUUUUAGAAUAUACUUCGUGUUCUACAUGCAUUCUGGCUCGACAUCUAUGGCUUGCUGUUAUAUUUAUAUCCUGGCUCGGGCUUCUGUGAUUCACCAUUUCCUCAUAGUGACAGAAUUACUACACUCUUAUGAAGAUUAAAGUUUCAUUCCUCUAUCUCGUAUAGAGUGAGAAAAUCUACAAAGUAAUUCCUCUGUUUACCUCUCUUUUAAGUAGGAGACAGUUUAUCCAGGUCCAGAAAAACAAUUAACAAAAUGAUGAAGGCCUUUUUAACAAUUUAAGAAAUGAGUCCAUUACA